AUGUCUCAAUUGUGGAUGCCUAUUGGCUUUUUAAUAUUUAAUAUUGCUAUUAUAAAGUGUGAUAAACUCUGUGGACAACUAACAGAGGUUAACAAAACGGAAAUCAAUUUACCGAAAACAUUAACUCAUAUUUGGAAUCCAUGGCGAAUCUACCCAAAAGCCAAAGUUUAUCGUGGAGAGAAAUUAACAAAUGCAUGGAAUUUUGUGAAAAUACACCAAGUUCGAGGAUUGAAUGAUACGAUAGAAGAAAUGAAAGCGUUUAUGGAUUUGAAUGGUUGUUUCUUUAUCAUUCAAGGGGGUGCGGUUCGGGAUUUGGUUUUAAGCAAAUUCCCGCGUGAUAUCGAUGGACGAGUAACUUGUGACAUGAAAUUCCUUCAACAUUUGUGCAAUGGACGCUAUGGGAGAGAUAAUUGCCACAAAUCGAGUUCACAAAGUGUCAAUUUACAAAUUGGGAAUGGAGGAGAUGAAGAAAAUGGAUCUAUCAUGUUUGAAGCGGUCGAUGUUGUCCAUUGGAAUGAAAGCUAUGAAGUAAACGCGACUGGUUUGGAGUUCACGAUCAACUCGCUUUCCCUUUACGAAGAUCCAGUCACAAAAGAAAUCUACUUGAUUGAUUUGCUCAAUGGCUUGCAAGAUGUCUGUGAAAGGAAAAUUCGGAUCACUGCUAGAAGAAACCAGUGGAAAACGUGGGCAAGUGCGAGAUUUCACAAAGUGUACAGAUUUAUGAAAUCCGAAUCGUCUGGUUUCAUUCCAGCUGAUGAACAAAAUCGACAAUUUAUCGUUCGGCUAGUCAAAAACACUUUUGACCUUCAUCGUUUGGAUUUUAAGAGAUCUUUCUGUCAUAACUUCUUAUUUGGCUAUUUCUCCUAUGAACAAGAUCUCUGUUUUUAUCAUAGACCGCUUGUCGAUGAACGGAAAUACAAAUUGGAAAAAUACAUUAAACAGCUGAGAAAUGACUUUGAUCAAGACUUCUAUGAAAACAAGUUAAAGAAAACGAUUGAUGAAAUCUACUCAGUAGAUCAA